UGAGGAUGCGCGGGGUCGACACGUCAGUAAUCCUCCUGAGCCUCUUCCCACUCAUAAGUCAGCCUUGUUAUGGCACACUUGAUAUUGUCUUCAAAACGUGUUCGUUGUUUCGUGAGAAUUAGUGGACCUUAAUCUCCAUUCUUCAGAAUUGUAAUAUGUACUAAAGUAAUUCUAUUCUUAAAUGUUAAGUAAGAGAGAAUAUAUGGUUUUUAAUUCAUAUUAAAUGUACUUUUUAAUAUCACUGGUUGCAAGUGAUAGAAGCAUUUUCACUUGUUUCAAGCGUAAUAAACUUAAGUACUAUAUCUUGAAAAAAUGAAAAUGGGUUACAAGUUAUCUGAAUAUUUAAAUAAAAGGUGAACUUUGUUUUUAGGAACAAAAAGUUAAACGUUAAUUAAGUGCAUCGGAGGUUAACGGGCCGUGUCAUCAACUAUCACGGAAUUGCAAUCAUCAAUUGACACGUGUUGCUGUCAUACGCUCCCACGCGUAGUUGUCAUCAAGUGGCACGGAGUUAUCAUCAUCAUCAUCAUUCAAGCAUUCAGGUGAACUGCAGCAGGAGACACGCACAUUAAAUAAACUAUCUGGCACCACACUAGACCUUGCGCCAGGGAUGGGAGCUGUCAGUUUCGAGGACGAGCCGGUGUCUACACCACUGUGUGGAGAGCCCAGCCUGGCUCAGCUGGGUACCAUCGUUGAGGCUAAGGAGGGCUCCACAAGUGGUGACAGCGAGACAGAUACAGUGUUGGAACCUUCAGAGUCCUCGCCCCAGAUCACAACCACCCCCUCUACCCUCAUCAUCAAGCAGCAGACGGAAGACGGAAUUGUAGAUAAAACAGCGAUACCUCUGCAUCACCCAGACAUUGAUGGAGGAUGGGCUUGGGUCGUUCUCCUUGCAAUGUUCUGCGUCUUUUCCAUCAACUCAGGACUAUUGUGCACAACUGGGAUGUAUUUUGUGCAAAUGCUGACUGAGUUUGGCAAGUCUCGCUCCUACACAGCUUGGAUGGGCUCGCUUGUGAAUGCUUUCUUCAUGCUUGGAGGACCCAUAAGCUCAAUGUUCAUCCGGCGUUGGGGCUGCCGUCUGUCUCUGAUGCUUGGCUCAGUCUUGAUGGUGAUGGGUUACUUGGCAUCUGCAUUUGCAACAUCGCUGGAGAUGCUCUUUGUGACCUAUGGUAUUAUUGUAGCAUGUGGAAUGAACUUUGCUUAUUCUGGCCAAAUCAUCGCCCUGGCACAGUACUUUGAUAAGAAGCAAUCCAUUGCCACUUCUUCUGCAAUGAUUGGCAUUGGUCUGGGCAUAUUUUGUUUGAGUUCCUUAACAGAAUUCUUCCUACUUGAAUAUGGAUGGCGUGGGUCUUUCAUCUGGAGUGCAGGUCUAAGCUUUCAUAUAGCUGUCUUUGGUGCUUUGGUAUUCCCCAUUGAGCCCUUGGCCCAAAGUCCCGAAGACACAUUCAGUCUUCAGCAGCAGACAGAAGAUAACCAAGGUUCCAUUAUGGCAAAUAAAGGAUUUCCAUCUUCAAAGAGUCGAAUUCUUUUUGAAAAGACUCUAAAUGACAGGUCAUUUUCAAGCCUACGUCUGUCGGCUGGUGCAAGUUAUCUCUCACAUUCCAUCUUGAGCCUGAAUGACUCUCAGGCCAAUACCCGAGGCAAUAGUCACUACGAUCUCAGUAUCAGGUCUAACCAACACAGUUUUUGCUCCAGAGGAUCACAUUUUGCUGUUGGAAGUUUAAGGUCCAAUGGCUACAGCUUCUGCAAUAAGGAUUCACAUGCAGAAUUGUCCCACUUUGACCUGCGUUCCAAUCAGUUUAGCUUCCACAACAAAGAUUCUCAUGGGGACUUUGGUCUCCAGUCCAACAACCACAGCUUUUGCUCUCAUCGGGAUUCUCAGGCUGGUGUAAGCGGCAUUAAGUCAAACCCUCAAAGUUUCUGCAAGUCAUCACAAAUGGAUCUGUAUCAACACCAUAAUCAUCCCUACUCAGAGAGAGAAGUUGAGACCUUGAAGGGUACAGUCUCGGGCUAUGGAGGCGGCCGAGCUCGGUUUCUCUUACGCGAGGGUGAUUGUGACCUGAGCUGUUGUGAUGAAGAGGAGGAAAAUCAUUGCUUAAGUGAUGAACACAUGGACACAUUUCAGAGGAAACGAAGAUCUUUUUGUUUGCUUCUCAUUGAAAAGAUGAAACUACGUACGCAAGCUGUUAUUAACAAUUUUACAAGGAGUUCAAAUAAUCAUCCUCUCUUAGAUGCCCGAUUCUGGCUCAUGGACUUUGCAGUCUUCUUUGCAAUGUUGGGAACUUUGUGCCUGUACAUUAUCUAUAAAGAUUUUGCAGACUCUAAGGGCUUAGGGGACUACUAUUCAAUGGCACUUUCUGGCAUUGGUAUUGGAGACCUUUGUGGUAGAAUGUUUACUGGCUUCUUGAUGAACAUGAAGUGCAUUGAUUCAGUGUUUGCGUAUGGCUUGGCGCUGCUCUUAUGUGCAGUGGUGAUGGUUGGUCAUAUAUUUAUCAAGACAAGUACUCAACUUCUCGUACUCACUGUAAUAUUUGGAUUCCUGUACGGUGGACAAAAUGUUCUCAUUGCUGUUGCUCCAUCCAUGGUGUUUGGCAGAGAAAAGCUCAUAACAGUGUUUGGACACAUUCUCUUCCUGGGAGGUCUAGGAGCUCUUAUUGGGGCACCCAUUGCUGGUUACAUUGUGGACAGCACUGGUAACUAUGAUGGCGUUCUUUUAUUCUCUAUGGCCAGCCUCGCAUCUGGGACGCUCCUCAUGUUUAUGUGUUAUUUUAUCCACCGUAAAAGGAGUAAUGAACAACAUAUAGAAACUGUCUAAAGUUUAACUUUAACUUACCAAAUAAUAACAGGGUGUGAGAUAUGAAUGUUUUCUGAUACUGUAAAUGAAUACAGUUCAUUAUAAGGAUGAUAAGCUUAAGACUGAGUGUGAUAAUUUCAUUCCUUUAUUAAUAUCAGUCUGAGAACAUUUAAUUUGUGAUAAAAAUGAAUUAUUUGAAAAUAUUAUCCCUAUUCAGCAUGGAGCUAUAGAUACCUGUAUAGUUAAAAAUAACCCAUCUGUGUAGCUCUUAUCCAAAGUGAACAAUUUAUAUAAUUAGUAUUACUUGCUCCAGUAUUGUAUUUUUAUAUUUACAAUUCCAGAAAAACACAAGUUAGUACAGAACAGUAUAUAAAUCUAGUAUAAAGCUAAAAUGUGUAUAUAUAUUUAUACAUAUACAUAUAUUGUGACAACCUUCACUAGUUUAUAAUCUAUUGAUUACUUCAGUGGAUAUAUAUUGCAAAUAUUUGUUAUUAUAUUUAAGUCUUCUACACUUGAUUUGUACUGUAUUUAAUUUCUGGCUAUUAAAUUUGUUUUAUCUAGCACGAUAAAAAUAAUUUGCUCGGCUAAUAAUGUAAAUUACUUUAUAUGUUUUCAAAGCUUUAGAAGCUCUUGUUUAAGUCAAGUAACAAGCGAUAUUGUAAACGUAAGCAGUAAGUGCAGAUAAUGCUGCUAAGAUGCCACCAUAUUGAGAAGACCUUUUACACUCAACACAAUUCUUCACAAGAAUUUGUCUAGUUAGAUUUAACAAAGUUUUGCUAGUGAACUGUUCUGUAUAAAUAAGAUUGAUCCAGUUUGGUAUACUGUAUCUAGCAUAAGAAAUUCAAUAUGUAUAAUGACAAGGGAGACAAAACUAACAUUGCUGAGGGAGCUGGAAUACAUUUAAUUAUAUGGAAUUGACGAGCACGAAACACUGAUCAUUUGUAUGCGGAAAAUCCAGAGAAAUGGAAAAGAAAGAUGAACGUUUCGGCUGAUCAAGGCCGAAACAGCAUUGAUCGGCCGAAACGUUCAACUUUCUUUUCCAUUUCUCUGUGGAUUUUCCGCACAUUUAAUUAUAUAUUAGGUUAAUUCUCUCACAAGGGCUCUGGAAGGAAAUGUUUUUUAAAGAACAAAUUUAAAGCUUAAUAAUGUUGAUCUUACAGUGCAUACAAGUCAUUUACAGUAUAGUAAAAUAAUUAAAUUCUGUAUUUAUAUGCUGUUGGUCUGUCAGGUUAAGCGCACUGCAGGGAUCUGGCCAGCAAAUGAAUUUGUGCUAUAGAUACAGUCUGGCCCAUGGCUAGAGUAACCUCAACAAGGCAACUGUUUUACCUAAAUUUACUUGUGAACCACAAUGUAUAGUGGCCUUGAAGGGAACAGGAAGCUGGUGGCUUGCCAAAGUUCUCGUCAUUAUAAUUGAGGAUUAUCUCUUAGCAUCAUACAUUAUAAUUAACCUAACAAUGUUUGCACUCAGGUGUCUGAAAAUUUGAAUUAUAGACCAAAGGUAAUACCUUUGGUCUAUAUAAUUCCUUUGUAUUAUACUGUAUGACUUAACUUCCAGUCUCAAUGAUGUAAGCUACUCUGAGUAAUGCAGGCACUACGUAUUUAGUUUAUGCUAGAUCAUGUCAUCUCCAGCAUAGUACAUCUUAAUAAUAAUAAUAAUUUAUCUAAAAAAAUAUACAUAGGAAUAUUGUACAGAGGUGUGAUAAUUGUUACAGAGUACAUUAUGUACAUUUAAUAUGGUCACUAAUGCGUAGAGCAUUUCAGGCAUAACGUAAUACAGUGAAGUAGUUUGAAGGUUUAAUAAGAUUUGAUGAUUUGAGAUAUUGGAUAUCAAAUAUGAGAUUUGACUAUCAACCUCUGGAGGGUCAUUAAGGCAAUGCAAGUGACCUUGACUAACCACUCGGCAAGUACACUUUAGUGUUAGUCAGCUGUCACGGGCUGCUUCCUGGGGGUGGAGGCCUGGUCGAGGACCGGGCCGCGGGGACACUAAAGCCCCGAAAUCAUCUCAAGAUAACCUCAAGAUAACCUCAAGUCCUGAACAUAGUGUAGGACUAAAGUGUACUCUCAGCAUAUAUACACAGUGAUAAGCGGGAACACCUCUCGGUGUAUAUAUUAUGUUACAAUAAUAUGUUACAUUCUUGAGUUUAGAUUAAAUUGAACCAAAUCAUAAUUUAUAAAUUAUUCUGAUGCAAUACACACUUUAGCAAUAUGUACUGAAAUAAGUUUAAUAUGGGUAAGAAAUGGUGUACAGGUAUAUUUUAGAAGAAAUUUAUCAGUUCUGUGGUCACCCAAAGUUUUUUUUUUUAAGUUUAGUUCAUUUAUUAUGCACCCCAUACCCAUCUUGUGGGCAGUAGUGAAAAGGGUUACCCAAAGAAAUAAAAAAAAAUCAUUUAAUAGCCUGUGGUUCUAGGAUUGGAUCACACACAAAAAUUUGUCUUAAUAAUAGAUAAAAGGCAUAAAAUGCCAAACCAUUAGUCAUAUAUUAAUUCCUUAUUGAUACAGAAUAUCUACAAGGAGUGUUAUUUUUUUUAUACUUCACAUUCAGUAAACAUAUACUGUACUGGAUUUGUCUUUUCUGAUAAAUUAUAUGACCUGGAUCUGCUAAAUUAAUUUAAUAUGCUGCAUGUUUAAAACUUAUGUUGUAGUGAGUAUAGCAUAUCUUGCAUGGUAGUCAGUGCAUAAAAUAAUGCAAAUAUCUGCUCUAAGAGUAGACUAUAUUUCUAGGUUUAACCCUCUAUAGUUUGUUGUACUGUACUUAUAUAUAUAUAUACAUUAUAUAUAUAUAUAAAAUACAGUAUAUAUAUAUAUAUACACACA